AUAUUCAGAUUAGGAAAGGCUAUACUUUGCAAGCACUAUGAAAGGCUUUAUUUCCUUUACAGUCCUUGCAGUCCUUUUACUCGUGCACAGCUCUCAAGCAGUCUAUGUUCAGGAUGGAGACUUGAAAUUCUCCCUAGAGUCUGUGAAGAAGCUAAAGGAGCUUAUGGAUCAGAAAAGAUACUUUAACCCUCGCGUUGUGGUUUCAAUGGCUAGCUACUCUCCAUGUGAUGAAAAAGAUCUCCCUGAGGAGUUCCAAUCUGUGUGCAAACGAGAAGACGCAUCCACUGUUUUUGAGAGGCUGAACCUGGUUGUCCAAGAUACUGAUUUGUGUGAAAUCUGUGCCAAUGCUGCCUGCGCUGGUUGCUUUUGA